AUGGAUGAAAUACCAAAAAAAUCCAAUGAAGUGCAAUCGAUUUGCAAUAAAGUAAAUGCAACAGCAGAAAGCAAUGAAAAUAUUGAUAACGAUUUAUUAUUAUCAACAGCUGAGGAAUUUGAUAUCAGUGAAUAUGAGAGAAAACUACGUGAAAAUACUGAAGAAACAAUGAAUUUGGUGAUGAAUUUAUGUGAUCGAUCCGAUAAACUUAAGGAACAACAGAAAUCUACUCUUUUAAGGUCCUUUCUCAUUCUACAAAAAGAAGUGAUAACGCUAAAAGAAUUCGCUGGAGAAACCAAAAAAGAUUAUAACGUGGGCGGAAGGAUUGAAUGGCAUAAUGUUGAUAGUGCAAGAUUCGGUGAUUGCUUUCUUACUGAACCAACUAGCGCAUUGAUCCUAUCAAAUUUCAAUAUUUUUAUUAGUGAUAACAAUGCAGGAUUGUUUCUCUUUUCCAUUCAUUCAGAAUUUAUUCGAAAAGUCACAAAUUCGAAUUGGAAAUGGCCUCAGGCUGCUGCUAUUUAUGAAAAUAAUAAAAUAUUAGUUUCAAUGAUGAUUAAAAGUGAAGAGGACGCAACAACGUGGAAGCGUUUUCUGGUGAAAUUUGAUGAAAAUCUUAAUUAUAUUGCAAAAAUCGAAGGACCAAAAUGGAUCGAAGAGGAAACAAUCAGUCGUGAACGAUUAUGUGUCGCAUCAACUGGUUUCAUUUAUAUGGCGGUAUCGAGUCAAACAUUCACUGCACUUUAUGAGCUCUCGCCUGAGGGUAGAUGGACUGAAUUAUAUUAUAAGAAAGGACAAUGUUUUACUGAUAUUCAAGUGCUUGCCGUAAUUGGUCCGAUCACUGAAUUAUUUGUUGUGGAAGAACAUCGCAGAUAUCUAUGGAUGCUUAGCAUUCGAGAAUCAGCUAUAUGUGCGCGUAAAUUAUUGGCUGUCGUCGAAAAACCAGGUGCAAUAUGCGUUGAUGAUGUUGGACAAUUUUUUAUACAUGAUAUUGGUCAAGGCAAAAUUCGACAAAUCGAUACAAAAGAUAAUUUUGAAGUGAUUAGUGAUAUAGCAUUAGCUGAUAAAAGUCUUUAUGCUAUAUCAGCAAAUAAAGGAUUUUUAGCGAUUAUUUAUCGCGAAAAAAAUAUUAUUCGUUUAAAUAAAUAUAAAAGUAUUAAAUAA